AUGGUGGGAGCUUUACAGUGUAACUGGCCUCGUGAAGCAGUUGACGUGCACCACAUCAUUGUUAGAAAGAGUGGUGCAAAGGGUUUGUUUGUAUACUUCUUCGCUCUAAUUAUUCUAGCUACCGCCUUCUACCUUUUCUUGGUUAAGGAGAAAUCAGUGAUCAUUGUUUUAUGGAGUCUCUUGUUAGAUGCAUUCCUUGUAAAGUUGCUUCGGAAGAGUGUUGAGAAAGAGUCCGUUGUGGUUAUGCCAGCCUUUGGAGUUCAACUAGAAACUCACUAUGUGAGCGGAAAGAUUAUUCGUCGGUUCGUUCCUAUGGACAAGAUUUUGAAACCUGUGCUACUAGAAUGUGUGACUCCAGUUACUUGUUACUGGAGCCUGUCUUUCAUUGUACGCGGGGAAGCAGAAUUGGUGUUAGUUUUCAAGGAAUUACGUCCCCCUAUGAAAAUGUUGGUCCCCAUCUGGAAGGCCUUGUGUGCUGCCACUGGUAUUAAAGGAAGCUCAAACACAUCCAUGGAAGAUGGUUGA